AUGAUCUACGAAAUGAUGGUUAUGAAGCGGUCUGCUAACUCGCGUGCUCAAAACAACCGCAGAAGUGAACGCCAGCGAUACUAUCCCUAUGAACCAACCGAAUCUCCUUCACGACCUGUAUCGAGUCUGGGAAACGUACCGACCAUCCCCCCGCCAGCAGCAUCAACGGUAGAUGUUCCACACUAUACCUCUCGUCCGGGCUCUCCCACACGGCCUUGGUCGCCUAACCGUGUCGGGAACUGGGCCAGACCUCCAGCUCCCCCUUCAGUCGCAAGCUCGCAAUAUGAACGUGCAGAUCUCAAUGGUAGUCCACGACCGGGCACCCCCAGCUCAAGAUAUGGGGGGAGCCCUCGCCGUCCGUUGCCCCCAGCACCGCUUUUUUCAGCCCCGGGUGGACAUGAUGCAAACAUCCCAAUCAAUGAUGCAGGCGACGAUGAUGUAUUCGGUGGUGGUGGGCGGACAAUUGACCCUAACAAUCGAGCCAGUAUGCAGUCUUUUAUGAGCGAGUCUACGAUUAUAACAGAUGAGAAGGAUGCCAUGUCGAAAGUUGACUUGGACGAUGAAAUGGAAGAAACAGAUGAAAUGGUCGACCCUAACAUACAUUAUGGUCCAGCUCCAGAAAAGCAGAGCCGCCGAGGUGUUCGUGAGGCGCAGAUGUCAACCAAAGAAGUCCAACUGAUCAACGGUGAACUGAUCUUGGAAUGCAAGAUCCCAACUAUCCUGCACUCUUUCUUGCCUCGUCGUGAUGACCGAGAAUUCACCCAUAUGCGAUACACUGCAGUGACCUGUGACCCCGACGACUUCACGCAGCGAGGCUACAAGCUGCGCCAACAGAUUGGCAGUACUAUGCGUGAGACUGAGCUGUUGAUUUGUAUCACAAUGUAUAACGAGGAUGAGAUCGGCUUCACUCGGACUAUGCAUGGUGUGAUGCAGAAUAUCACCCACCUUUGCUCGCGAUCCAAGUCCCGUACCUGGGGUAAGGAUGGUUGGAAGAAGAUUGUGGUCUGCAUCAUCGCCGACGGUCGUAAGAAGGUGCACCCGCGGACCCUCAAUGCUUUGGCGGCUUUGGGUGUCUACCAGGAAGGUAUCGCCAAGAACGUUGUCAACCAGAAGCAGGUCAACGCGCACGUCUACGAAUACACGACGCAGGUAUCGCUCGAUCCCGACUUGAAGUUCAAGGGCGCUGAGAAGGGCAUCAUGCCGUGCCAGGUGCUCUUCUGUUUGAAAGAACACAACAAGAAGAAAUUGAACUCACACCGUUGGUUCUUCAACGCUUUUGGCCGAGCACUACAGCCGAACAUUUGCAUCCUGCUCGAUGUGGGUACCAAACCUGCGCCUACCGCACUCUACCACCUCUGGAAAGCGUUCGACCAGAACUCGAACGUCGCGGGAGCGGCUGGUGAAAUCAAGGCGGGCAAAGGCAAGGGUAUGCUCGGUCUUCUGAACCCUCUGGUUGCCAGUCAGAACUUCGAGUAUAAGAUGUCCAACAUUCUGGACAAGCCGUUGGAGUCUGUCUUCGGUUACAUUACUGUGCUUCCUGGAGCGCUCAGUGCGUAUCGGUUCUUCGCACUGCAGAACGACGCCGAGGGUAAUGGCCCUCUGAACCAGUACUUCAAGGGAGAAACUCUACACGGACAAGAUGCAGAUGUGUUCACAGCCAACAUGUACCUAGCAGAAGAUCGUAUCCUCUGCUGGGAGUUAGUUGCCAAGAGGGAAGAGCGCUGGGUCUUGAAGUUCGUGAAGAGUGCUGUUGGUGAAACUGACGUCCCAGACUCAAUUCCCGAGUUCAUCUCACAGAGAAGACGUUGGUUGAACGGUGCCUUCUUCGCGGCCGUGUACUCUAUCGUCAAUGCCAAGCAACUCUGGAAAACGGACCACUCACUACCUCGGAAGAUUCUCCUUCAAAUUGAGGGUGCUUACCAAUUCAUGCAAUUGAUCUUCACGUACUUUGGCUUGGCAAACUUCUACCUGGUAUUCUACUUUAUCGCUGGCUCACUUACCGACGAUAAAAUUGAUCCGUUUGGUCACCAUAUCGGCAAAUACAUAUUCGUGAUCCUGAGAUACGCCUGUAUUCUGGUGAUGUGUCUGCAGUUCAUCAUUUCAAUGGGUAAUCGACCGCAAGGUGCCAAAAAGCUAUACCUGUCCGGCAUCAUCGUGUAUUCGAUCAUCAUGUUCUACACGAUCUUCUGCACCAUGUAUCUUGUGGUGAUCGAAAUUCUAGCACGAACGGGCGCCGAUACAUCCCUGGAAGUGAGCGACGGCCUAUUCGUCAACAUCGUCAUGUCCCUCCUCUCAACAGUGGGCUUAUACUUCUACGCCUCCUUCCUCUACCUCGAUCCCUGGCAUAUGUUCACCUCCUCAGCAGCCUACUUCAUCAUGUUACCCAGCUACAUUUGCACCCUCCAGGUCUACGCCUUCUGCAACACGCACGACGUCUCUUGGGGAACAAAAGGUGACAACGUCCUGAACAUGGACCUGGGAGCCGCGCGUGUCGUCAACGGCACAACCGUGCAAAUCGAAAUGCCCUCCGAACAACUCGACAUCGACAGCGGCUACGACGCUGCGCUCCGCAACCUCCGCGACCGCGUCGAAGUCCCCGAAACCCCCAUCACCGAGAGCCAAAUGCAAGAAGACUACUACCGCGCCGUCCGUACAUACAUGGUCUCCAUCUGGAUGGUAGCGAACGUCAUUCUGGCCAUGGCCAUCUCAGAAGUCUAUGGUCCGGAUGCGGGCGGUACGAACAUCUACCUCGCUAUCAUUCUGUGGUCCGUGGUGGUGUUGGCCCUUAUUCGUGUCAUUGGUUCCACGACGUAUGCGAUCUUGCUUGUCGUGCAGAAGAUCGUCGAGGGCAAGACCAAGUUCGAUGCGGGCAACUUGGCGAAUAUGAGCCAUGUUUCUGGCUCGAGUGGUGGGAGGAGUAGUACUGCGCUUAAGUACGGUGGUGGGGUUAGUUUCAAGGAUAAGUUUGCUGAGGCGAAGUGGUCCGCUAAGAGGGUGGCGGGUAAGGCUAUGUUUUGGAGGAAGUGA